GCCCAGCAACAAAAUGUGUUCAACUGCAUUGUAGAAUAGCGUCUUGAUUAGUUAUGCAUUUUGUGUAUUCUUCUGUGAAUUGACACACAUUUCCGAUCUUCGCCAACCAUAUAUCGUCAAGGAUUGUUGACAAAACUUUCCCAAAUUUUAUUUUAGUUUCUCACCUUCGCAAAAAGCUGAGAUAAAAUGUCAAAAAUUUGGAUUGUGAGCUUUGGUGCCAUAGUGACAAUAGUAGAAUUUACAUUAGGCCAACAAAUUCUCAAAUCAAAUCGAUAUCACUCAAACUUAAAUGGUUUUAAUUUCCAGCCCUUCUAUGCACACCAGCCGGACGUCUUCAUGCGACGCAACAGUCCUUAUCAGCACGUAGAAUACUAUAGGUUACCAAAUACGCCAAUGAGAUCGCAUCAAGAUCCGGCGGAGGUGACGCGAUUCCGACGCCAGGACACACAUCCAAAGAAGGAGAGUCAAGAGGACAGAGGACUCUCGCCAUCGGCGUUCUCGAGGAUCUCCGAGACCCUCGGAGCCCUGAAUACAGUUGGUCAGUACUUAGUGAACGUGACACGCGGCGAAUCCGCCCCAAUCAUCCAUUCAAGUGGCUCAUCUGGUGACACUGUGCCCGGCGCAAUCCUCACUCUCACGUCCAAAGUCCUCGGGAGGAAUCUCACGAACACAAUAGAGCCACUGAUAAAGAGAAUGGGAAAUUUGGGACAGAACAACUCCACUGAGACCAAAAAGACCAAGAAAGCAGCGCCAAAAAUCAUCCCAGAGCCCUCGGUUGAUGUGCAAGCCAAGGAGAGCGAGCAUCGCUGCAAGACGCCCGAUGGACACCAGGGGAGAUGCCAGGACCUCAGCAGUUGUCCAAGUUUGCUGCUGGAUUUGGCCCACUUGAGAGAUUCGCUAUGCUUCAAGAGUCUCUUCGUGCCUGGCGUCUGUUGUCCGGUGCGUGACACGACUAUUCUAACAACUCAGCGACCCAUUCAAGCGCCUGUGCGACCCAGUGACACAUCAACAUCCUCUAGUCUCAUCAUCAGGCCCAUCACUCCGAUUACCACGACAACGACCCAAAGACCUCUGGUUCCUGUCUUCACAAUUCCCUCCGGAUCGAGUGGGGAAUCGAAUGCUAUAGAUGCGGAUGAUAGUUCAGGCAAUCUCAUCGAUCCGGCAGAUUGUGGCCAGCAGGAGUUCACAACUGGACGGAUUGUGGGUGGAGUUGAGUCACCAAAUGGACAGUGGCCAUGGAUGGCCGCAAUCUUCCUUCACGGGCCAAAGAGAACAGAGUUUUGGUGCGGAGGUUCCUUGAUUGGCACAAAAUACGUCUUAACAGCUGCUCACUGUACGCGAGACUCUCGCCAGAGACCAUUCGCUCCGCGGCAAUUCACAGUGAGACUGGGAGACAUAGACUUAUCCACCGAUGACGAACCGUCGGCGCCAGUUACCUUCAAAGUGAAAGAAGUCAGAGCACAUCCUCGAUUCUCGCGAGUGGGCUUUUACAAUGACAUAGCCAUAAUAGUGCUCGAGAAGCCAGUGAGAAAGUCCAAAUACGUCAUUCCCGUCUGCCUGCCGAACAGAAAUCUCCCAGCGCCCGACAGACUUGCAGGACGAAGAGGCACCGUUGUGGGAUGGGGAACUACAUAUUAUGGCGGAAAGGAGUCAACGACGCAACGACAGGCAAAUCUGCCGCUCUGGCGCAAUGAAGAUUGCAAUCGAGCGUAUUUCCAGCCGAUCACCGAGAACUUCUUGUGCGCCGGAUACUCAGAAGGUGGUGUCGAUGCAUGCCAAGGAGAUUCUGGCGGUCCACUGAUGAUGAGAGUUGACGCGCGCUGGACUCAGCUGGGAAUUGUGAGUUUCGGGAACAAGUGCGGUGAACCAGGUUACCCAGGCGUCUAUACCAGGAUAUCCGAGUACAUGGAUUGGAUACGAGAGACGACAAAGAACUAGACAUGUAGAUAAGUAAGUUAUUAUGUGUAGGAAUACAGAAAC